CUGGCGUUAAUCUCAUUUUAAGCUCAAACAGCACCAUGUCUCACAGCACAUAUAACAAACUCUGGACUGACGCUCAUGGGGAACUCAAUGAUCUCCUGAGCCAGGAGCUUCCGCCCGAGCCUUUACAGCCAGAGAAAGACCGCGUGGUGUUCUUCCAGCGCGUCGCCACCCUGUACGUACGCUAUGUCCAAAUCUUCAGGCAGCUGGAGGAGGCCUACGAUCAGAUCGUCCACCCACAGAAGAGGAGGCUGAUCCGAGACGUCCUAGAUGGAGUGAUAGGUCGCGUCCUGGAGCUGAAGAAUGAGAUGGUGGAGAAGGAGUACUCCGAGUACCAUAAUUUGGACGAUGUUAUCCGGAAACUGAAACUGACCCCAGAAGAUCUUGAGAUUCCAAUCCCGAAGUACUUCAUUAUUGAACAGCGUAAAGUCCUGGAGGAGCGAGCCGCCACUCUCGCCAGCAUUCUGGAGAAAAAUGAAAUAGUGGAGGAACCAGAACCCGAUGCAGCUCCUAUGCCGAGUCUGGAGGAGGCCGUCAGGAUCAUUCAGGUGUCGGAGAGGGCGCGGCAGGGUCGCCUGAGGACCAAGAUCAUGCGGCAGAUCCACAGGGAUGCAGAGAUACAGAAGAAGCUUCAGGACGAGGAUCUCAGAGAAGCUACAGAGCAACAGGCUGCUGUUCAAAUCCAGAAGGUAUGGAAAGGUUACUUACAGAGGAAGAGGACGAAGCAGGAGAAGGAAGAAGAGAUGAUUGUUCUGGGCAUGUCCGUGAAGCCCAGUCUGGUCCAUCCGUGCCCGGCUGUCGUCCUCGCUGAAGACAAUAAAGCCAUCAGGAGGAAGAAGCAGGAGGAGCUUGAGGAGGAUUAUCACAAAGCUACGAUCUCCAUCACUGAGACUCUGCAAGAGACCGAGGGUCCUGACAUGAAGGAAACGAUGAAGGGUCAGAUCAGACAGUGGUUCAUCGAGAGCCAUGAUACGGCCGGGGCCUUUCCACAAUAUCCCGAUGAGGAAGACGGCGGCUCGUCUAGCAUUUUUGCAAAUAAAACACCUGAGCAGGUGAUGGAAGAGCUGGAAGCUAAAGAAGUGGAGGAAGAAAUAAAAAAACCAAAAGAGAAAGAGAAGGAGGAGCCAAAAGCCAAAGGGAAAAAGGAACCCAAGAAAGGAGAAAAACAACAGGAGGAGGAUCCCGGGCUGAUACUGCGGCCGUCUGCGUUUCUGUCCGAGCUACAGAAUGGACACACAACAUUUACAGAUGUCUGGCAAAACCGUGACGAGUCCAAGAACUUCAGCCAAAGACACGAAGCUGAGAUCAUUAAAGAGGAGAAGAGGAAAGAGAUCGAGGCGGAAAUAAGACUGCAGGUGGACGAGCUGAUGAGACAGGAGCUCGCUGACUGGAAGGUGGCUGUUGAAGGGAGUAAAGGCAAGGGCAAGGCUGGAGGAAAGAAGAGGAAGAAGACAUCGAAGGGAAAGAAGAAGAAGAAGAAGAAAGAAAUAGACCUGACAGCUAAACGGAGCCUCCAGUCGCUGUAUGAGGAGCUGGUGGUGCAGGGUUUGCUCAAACCAGUGCGUGAUGUAAAACUACACCAGUUCAUAGGAGAGUACAGCUACCUCGGCACGACCCUGAGGCAGACCGACAUCCAGCCCACGCCUUCAUUAUCUGACGUGCGCCAGGUUAUAUCUCUUUGGGCCGUCUUGCCACUGGGUUCCCAGGCGAUCCAUGAGAAAGCUCCUCUAGUAAAGUCCAUACUCCUGGUGGGGCCUUCAGGAGUGGGGAAGAAGAUGCUAGUCCAUGCUGUCUGUCAGGAGACCGGAGCUAACCUGUUUGACCUUUCCGCUUCAAACCUGGUGGGAAAAUAUCCUGGCAAGCCUGGGCUCGAUAUGAUGCUGCACAUGGUGUUUAAGGUUGCCAGAUUAAUGCAGCCGUCUGUGGUUUGGAUCGGAGAUGCUGAAAAAAUGUUUUACAAGAAAGUACCAAAGGAGGAUAAAGAGUUAGAGCCAAAGCGUCUGACGAAAGAUCUACUUAAAAUCCUUAAAUCGAUCAAAGCUGAGAACCGUGUUCUCAUCAUGGGUACGUCAAAAAAUCCAGCCAAUGCAGACGUUAAAGCUCUGUGUCGAUUUUACAACAAGAUCAUCCUUAUACCCCGGCCGGACUACGCCUCAAGGUUCGUCAUGUGGAAGGAACUGAUCCAGAGGAACGGAGGCGUUGUGACCAGCGACCUGGACCUCGGCUCCUUGGCUAGGAUCUCAGAUGGAUGCACGCAGGGUGACAUGGUACGCAUGGUGAAGGGCAUCCUGACGGAGUGGCGCAUUGAGCGGCUCGCUAAACGCCCACUGAUCGCCACCGAUUUCGUCCCGGCUCUCUCCAAGAUCGACCCUGUGUCCCAAAAGGAACAGGAAGCCUUCAAGGUCUGGUAUGGGAAGACUCCUAUGGGUAAGAAGAGAGCGCAAGUUGUUUCAGAGGCGGACACAGAGAAAGUAGCAGAUAAAGGAGGCAAAGACAAAAAGAAAAAAGGGAAGAAGUAAAAUCCAUGUGGCAUUCGUACCUUUGUUUUUCAAUAAAAAUAUCCAACGCACAACAGAUCGUCUAGCUGGUUUCUUGGUGGGACACGGUGGUGGACGGAGAGGUACAGCAGCAGCUCCAUGGGGUGGGUACAGCUGGAUCAGCUCCAUGGUGGAUA